AUGCGAAGAAGACUUCAAUCGAAGUUAAAAACAGUGAAAUGGACACAGCCCAUUAACAGCGAUAAGACAAAUGAUGAAUCUAGUAGCGAUGAAUCUCCAAUGGAUCGCGUACAAGGUGGUCAACCAUUUCAAGAAUUUUGGAGUUCAUAUGAAAUGAAACGUCCACGAUUGGCUGCUCUUGUUAGAGCAUAUAAUAUUCGAUCGGUAUCGUCAGUUGCUAGCGAAUCAUUGUUUAGUAUUGCUGGAUACGUUCAACGGAAACGGAGAUCAUCUCUUGCUUCAAAUACACUGUAUUAUUCGAUGGUCCUUCGUGAUCAAGAUAUUCUUCCUACACUUAUUUUAUAA